AUGCCUCUCCUUCUCCGGCCCAGCCCACGGCUGCUCAUCCGUCCCAUACAACGAUGCGCAUACUCGAGUGCUCCAGCACCAGCUAUAAACGUCACCAACGUACCAGCACCACAUUCUGGAAGCAUAAGAAUUCUCUCCCUGAACCGGCCGGCUGCACGUAAUGCCAUUUCGAGGCAAUUGCUCACCGAGCUACACCACCAAGUCAACAGCAUACAGAGCGAAGGAGAUGCGGGGCCUACGCGGGCACUCAUCCUGGCCAGUGAAGUAGACACGAGUUUCUGCGCAGGCGCAGACUUGAAAGAGCGCGCUACAUUUACGCAAGAGGACACAGCAAACUUCCUCACAAACCUCCGCGGCACGUUCACCUCCAUCUCGCAACUCCAAAUACCCACAAUCUCCGCGCUUGCAGCACCAGCAUUCGGCGGCGGCCUCGAGCUCGCUCUGACCACACACAUGCGCAUCUUCGCGUCCAACACAACCGUCGCACUCCCCGAGACACGGCUGGCUAUCAUUCCCGGCGCUGGAGGAACAUACCGCCUCCCCGCGCUCAUCGGCCUCUCUCGAGCCCGCGACCUGAUCCUCACAGGCCGAAGGGUCGGCGGACCAGAAGCAUAUUUCCUCGGCCUGUGCGACCGGCUGGUGGAGGUCACGCCGGAAGACGCAGCACGCGAAGGCGCGGCGCGCAAGAAGGUGCUCGACGAAGCGAUCAAGCUGGCGCGGGAUAUCUGCGAGGGUGGGCCAAUUGCCAUCAAAGCCGCUCUCGCAGCGGUGGAGGGAUGCGCAUUGGGCGAGAAGGCAGAAAACGCCGCGUACGAACUCGUCGUCAAGACGAAGGAUCGCGACGAAGCACUCGCGGCGUUUAGGGAGAAGCGGAAACCCGUGUUCCGGGGGGAAUAG